AUGGCUCACGAGGGGUCUCCGAGGUCCCCCGCACCUGCCAGCUCUCAGAUGCUUCUGGAUUCUCUGCUCCAGAACCUCUACGACUUUGGUGAGAGGGAAGACGAAACAAAACAGCAAAGGAGCAGAAAGAAAAGGGAAAGCAGGAAGAGAGAUUUGAGACCCACAACAGUCUUGUCCAGUGAACCAGCUCCUCCACCCAGUUUCCUUACAAGAGGCCAAAGGAAAAGCGCUUCCAACUUCUUCAAGGAACUCACAGAAGAGCUGCACUGUCCUGCUGUGACCUCCACAAGUUUCCCUUCAGAGCCAGAGAGAGUUGCUGCCGUAGUUCCCUCUUCCCUGAAGAAUAGCAGGAAGCUUGUAGAAGUGGUAGAAUUUCACAGUAGACAGAAAAAGAGAAAACUGAGGCGGAGCCAAGAUGAGAACACAGAGACCAAAACCAGUGUCCUUGAGAAAGAUGUGGAUAUACAAGAAUUUAACUUAGAAAAGGCUCGUUUGGAAGUGCACCGGUUUGGAAUCACCGGUUAUGGAAAAGGAAAGGAAAGGAUUCUGGAACAGGAACGUGCCAUUAUGCUGGGUGCUAAGCCUCCCAAGAAGAGUUACGUUAAUUACAAGAUUUUGCAGGAACAAAUCAAAGAAAAAAAGGCAGCAAAGGAAGAAGAAAAAAGAAUGGCCCAGGACACAGAUAUUUUCAAGAAGAAGAAGAGAAAGGGGCAGGCAGACAGGAAAUCCCAAAAGAAGAAAUCAGCACCCAGUAUUUUGUCAAGUGGACGGGGUGGACAGGUUGGAAAAUUCAAAAAUGGCACAUUAAUUCUGAGUCCAGUUGAUAUAAAGAAAAUCAGUUCUUCCAGAGUGGCUAAAUGA